UGGGGCCAUCUGCUUGUCUUCAAACAAGAGUGCUGGGGUUCAGGAGAGGAAAACCCAAAACUCCAUCCUUGAGAUGCUUGCUCUGUUUGCCGAGGAAAUAGGAGUUGGAAGCAGCUCUGCUCCAGCGCUUUCCCUAACCCCGACGCUGCCCCUGUGCUGAUUCAUUGAUUUGGACGGGUUAUAUACUGGGAGGGGAAGCAUGAAUCGCACUCGGCUCUCUUGCCAGCACGGAGCUGCGCUCACUCGGCACUCGCGGCUGCAGGACACUUGGGCUCAAUGGAGCGGGGAGGCUGGUGGCAGUGGCUGCUGCUGCUGGUGGGCAUCCAGCUGGCCGGUGGCCAGUGCCCGGAGCAGUGCCAGUGCGUCCGCCCUGCCCAGGUGGAGUGCUCCGGUGCUGGCAUCACCACGGUCCCCAGCCCCAUGCCUGCGAACGCCGUGACCCUCCAGAUCAUCAACACACACAUCACCGAGCUGGGAGACGCGUCCUUCCGCAACGCCUCCCUGCUGAUUGGGCUGCGCAUCGAGAAGAACAACCUGUCGCGCAUCAGCCCUGGGGCCUUCAAGCACCUGCCCGACCUGCGCUACCUUAGCCUGGCCAGUAACAAGCUGCAGGAGCUUCCUGUGCAGGUCUUCGAGCCGCUGGACAAGCUGGAGUCACUGCUUCUCUCCAGCAACCAGAUUCUCCAGGUCGAGCCUUCCCACUUUGCCCAUCUGAGCAACCUCAAGGAGCUGCAGCUGCACGGGAACAACUUGCAGGAGCUGAAGGAGGGGGUGUUCGACCAGCUCACCAGCCUCACCAAGCUCAACCUGGCCAGGAACAAGAUCGACCGCCUGCCGCCCCAGGCCUUCGAGCGGCUGGCGCGGCUGCAGGUGCUGCGGCUCUAUGAGAAUCGGCUCCGGCAGAUCCCAGUGGGCAUCUUUGAUGGGCUGCCAGAGCUGCAGGAGCUAGGGCUGCACCAGAACCAGCUGGAGACGCUGUCCCCAGAGCUCUUCGUGCACAACGGGAACCUGCAGAAGCUCUACCUGUCCAACAACCUCAUCACCGCCCUGCCGAGCGGCGUCUUCUUGCCUCUGCGUGCCCUCACCAAGAUCACCCUGCACGUCAACCGCCUGCGAGACAUCUCCCCCAGCGCCUUCGGGCCCAUGCCUGACCUGCGGGAGCUGUGGCUCUAUGAGAACGAGCUUUCCACCCUCCCCACUGCCGUCUUUGGCAACCUCACCCAGCUGCAGCUCCUGGUCCUCAGCAAGAACCAGCUGCGCUCAGUGGCAUCGGGGGCUUUCCGGGGUUUGGGGGAGCUGCUGGAGCUGUCACUGCACUCCAACACUCUGCGCCGCCUGGAUGCCCAGGUGCUGGAGGGGCUGCCCAAGCUGCAGAACAUCUCCCUGCACCACAACCAGCUACAGGCGCUGCCACGCGGCAUCUUCAGGGCCACCCCGGAGCUGCGGCACCUUCAGCUGCACGCCAACGCCUUGGAGUACCUGCCCGCCGGCAUCUUCUCCCCACUGGCCACCCUGCGGGAGGUGAAGCUGCACAACAACUCCUGGCGCUGCGACGAGGGUAUCCUGCCCCUGCGGAGCUGGCUGGAGGACAACCCCCAUAAGGUGGGCGACACACCCCCUGUCUGCACCCAGCCCCCUGCCCUGCGGGGCACCCCCAUCGCCCGGCUGCUGCGGGACCAGCUCCUCGCUUCCCAGCCCUCAAGUGCCUCUCCCUACUCCCUGGGGAGCACCCUGCUCCCUACUCACCCCUCUGAGGGGGUGACACCAGAGCGUACCUGGACGGAGCCCCCCGUCGGGUCACCGGUCUCCCCCCAGGAAGAAGAGAAGGGGGGACGGUGGGGGCUGACGCGCACACAGAGCGGGGUGGUGGUGGCGGUCAUUGUCCUGGUGUGCGUGGCCCUGCUUGCCGCUCUCGUGGCGCUGGUGGUUUAUGGCUGUAGGAAGAAGAGCCAUGUCGUGCUCAUGAGGAUGAAGGCACCCAAUGAAGCCUGAGACCCCGGCAGACCCUGAGGGGAGCGGUGCUGGUGGGGCGUCCUCUCCCCACUGGGCCGAGGGACAUGAUGGCAGCUCAGCGUCAGCUGCCCUUGCUGAUUGGGAUGGGCCAACAUUACCCCGUGUGCUGCACAUCCCCCUGUCCUGCUCUGCUUUGCCCUGUCCCUGCUCUGCAGCAGGGCAUCCCCCCCCCGCCAUGGCUGCCCUCUGUCCCCAGCCCCCCCUGCCUCCUUCGCAGCCUCUGUGCCCAUUCCCUGCAGCCAGCAGCAGCCGGGGUGUGGGGUGCUGAGAGGGACCCCCUGAGCAGGGAGCCACAGCCUGGCCAUGAUGGUGCUUACUCUGAACAACAGGACCUCCCCAUCCUUCACCUCACAUUGUCCCCGCAGCACUGCCUGCCCUUGCGCUACCUGCUGCCCUCCCUCAGCCCCUCUCUCCCCAUCUUCCCCCCCUCCCCACGCCUUCAGCCUCUGCCUGCGCAGGCAGGCGCGAACCCUCACGCAGGGCCAGGAGCUGAGCGAACGCCUUCGCCUCCAGCACGUCCUUGUGCUGCUUUGUAGCUCGCUUGCAUCCGGGCGGCGAUCCCCGCAGGGCUGGGCUGCCUGGGCCCCGCGCUGCUGCUAGGGUGGCACACCCUGAGUGACUCGCCCGCGUCCAAGCUGCCCUCCCUGCCUGCAGGCAAGGCGGGCCGGAGCACAGCCAGCAUCUUCCCCUGCCCCAGCAGCCUUCUGCUCCCCCCACCCUUGUGCAUCUCCCGCCAGGAGAGGCCAGGGGCCACGUGCUGCAGGCGGGCGCAGCGGCAGAUCCCCUGAACGUUUGCGUUGUGCUGGUGCUAACCCUGCAGUGGCUGUGCCCCUCCCUGCAGUGCCCUGCCCCAACCCCGCGGGUGGCCGGGGGGCUUGCACCAGCCCCUGCUGCGGGGGAAUUAUAGAGCUGGGGCGAUGGGUGCGAAGCACGCACAGAGCUGGACCUGCUGCCUGGCUGUGCUGGCCGCCCCUUCCACAGGGGCACGUUGCAAAUGCCCUUUCCCCUGUGAGGGCUGUCUGCCAGGGACUGGGAGAGGCUCCUGCGCUUGUGCCCCAGUGCUGCUGGAGCAUACCGGGACUGCUGCCCCACAGGACUGCUCCUGCUGCGCCCCAUCCUGCUCCUCGCUGUCUCAACACCCUUGUGAGCAGCCUGGCCCUGCUAUGCCUGGCAAAACUGUAUCCUCUCUCCUCUUCCUCUUCCCACCUCGAGUGUCGUCCUCUGUGUGUGUGUGUGUGUGUGUGUGUGUCCGGUCCUGCCACCUGCUUGCAGCCCUCAGGUAGUGGGGAUGCUGGUGGUGCACGCAAGGUUGGGGGUCAGCAAGUGCUGGCUGCUCCGCAAAUCACAGGCGGGGCAACACUGUCCCCAGCAGCACCUGUGUCCAGUGGCCACCGUGCCUCCUCCAGCCGUGGCGUGGCCACAGAAGAGUCCAGCUCACCUCUGCGCAUGGUGUGGUGGCACCAGGCUGCCUGGGGAUUGCUGCCACGGGACAAGGGUCACCCUUGGCGUGCACCCCAUAGUGCUGGCUGCUCAUGGGACCCCGAGAGCCAGUGUUGGCACAAACAGCCCCAUGCUUGUGCACAUGAUGGGAUGAUCCUCUGGGCUGAGACCUGCAUGGCGGUGGGAGACAUGGGACUGUGCUGUGGGGCCGUUGGGUGCUGCUCUGUGACCUCUCCAUUAAAGCACAGUUGUCCAC